UGGCCACAACAGUUGGCCAAAUGACUUCCGGACCCAGAUUCGCUGCCCCACUAAUUGUGGCCCUGGCCCUCGUCCUGCUGGCCCACGCUUGGGCGGAUGAGUUCGACCUGGACUACUCCAACGAGUACGACGAUGUGCGACCGCACUUGAUCUAUCCAGACGAUCCAAGGCUGGACAAGCGGAUCGGCGAUGCGGCGCGGGAGUUUGGACAAAACAUAACCCAGGCCUGGAACGCGAUGGUGGACUCGUUUAGGAACUACUUCGAGGAACUCAAGAGCCUGUUCUCCGACACCACGGAUCUCAAUUCACCCAAUGAGGUACUACCCCGCCACUGAAAUGUGGGCUCAUCCUCGGCAAAUAAAGCGCUGCAAGACGAGUGAAACAUGCAUUUGAUUCGCUUGAUUGCCAACUUGAGUGCCUUUGAUUUA